UCUUCAGACAGAAGAGCUGGCGAAAGCAAUAAAGCACGUUUUAUGCGUUAUUAAGACUGAUUAUUCAUCGAAGACAUGGCUGGGGUUGUUUUGGAGAACUUGAGUUGGAAGAAACUCAUCAUUCUCAGCUUAAUAUUGCUAAUGUUACUUGUAACCUUUUUCUUAAUUGGUGGUUUGCAAGCUCCUCAACCUAACAAUGUGAAUAUUAUCAUUGGUACAAAAUGCUAUGCCCCAGGCAGGUAUGUUAGCAGAGAGAAGUGGCAUAUACCUAGGGGAAAUAAUAGUUGUGAGAAGUUGGAUAGUUUAAGGCCUGACGAUGCUAAAAUCGUUAGUAAAGGGAUAACUGAUAAACAGAUUGUUUUUGCAUUCUGGAUUCCUGGACCUAGAGAUGGACAUGAGCUGAAGAUGCAUCCCCGGUUUCAGUACAUGAUGUCUGUAUUGCAGCUUGACAUUAUAUAUCAACCACAAAAUCCUGUUGGACCAAAUCCAGUAAUGCUGUUGGAUUUUAGACUUGGUUAUAGGAAUGAAGGAGAUAGAGAGGGUGAUUGGAAAUUAUUGGCAGAAUCUGCCGAGGAUAGAAAACUUGUCUGUACCAUCGCUUAUAAUGAGAAAAAUGAGACAGAACCAGGGUCUCAGUAUGACUGUGAACUACUUCAUGCCUUUGAGAUCUCCAGUUUACACCAUGAUUACUAUCUAUUGAACCUACGACUCCCUCCCAGUCCUGAGAAAAAUAUAGAUAUUGGUCAGAUUGAUGAUAUCUCUCUUGUGACAAUUCAUCAGAAUGGAGGGUUUACUAUAAUAUGGUUCUCCAUUAAGACUUUCCUGUUUCCAUGUGUUCUGAUUGUGUUAGUCUGGUUCUGGAGAAGGAUACAACAGAUGUGUAGACCUCCAAAUUUACUAGAAAGAACACUGUUUGCUUUGGGAAUAACAAUGUCAAUAUUAAACUUACCCAUUGAAUGGUUGACAUUUUGGUUGAAUAUUCCCUUCAUGCUGCUGUUGAAUGACAUCAGACAGGGGGCUUUCUAUGCCAUGUUGUUGUCAUUCUGGAUUAUAUUUACUGGAGAACAUAUUAUGGAUCAGACCGAGAGAAACCGACUGAAGUUGUAUUGGAAACAUUUAACGGCUGUUAUAGUUGGUUGUGUGUGCUUGUUUGUGUUUGAGAUGUGUGAAAGAGGAAUGCAGUUAAAGAAUCCAUUCUACAGUAUUUGGUCGAGUGAAAUAGGAUCAAAACUGGCUUUGGCUUUCAUUAUAUUAGCUGCCGUCGCUGCCACAGCCUACUUCCUGUUCUUGUGUGUCAUGAUUUACCGUGUCUUCCGAAACAUCAGUGCUAAAAAAUCAACCCUACCAAGCAUGAGUCAUAUGAGGAAAAAGUAUUAUAUGGGCCUGAUCUUUCGAUUUAAGUUUCUGAUGCUGCUGACAUUAUUCUGUGCUGCAUUGACUGUUAUUUUCUUUAUCAUCAGUCAGUUAAGUGAAGGACAGUGGAAAUGGGGAGAUGAAAAUCUUAAGCUGGAAUACUCAAGUGCAUUCUUUACAGGUGUGUAUGGUCUGUGGAAUGUUUACAUCUUUGGACUGCUGUCGCUGUAUGCUCCCUCUCACAAGACUGCUUCUGGUGCUAAUGCUGAUACUGACAGCCAAGAAGAAGAAGUACAGUUAACAAAUGUGCCAUCAGAAAUGUCUGCUCUCCAGUCAUUUGCUACAAAGGCUGAUCAGGAUUAAACAUGGGCAGAUUAUGUAUGGUAUAUAAUGGAAAAUAGAUCUGAUUCACAGAUAAUACUUAUUGAUGCAAUAGUUACAUUUUGAAUAAAUUAGAUAUUAUUUCUAAGUGAGAUCCCCGAAGUUAAUGUUCUCACAUAAUUAUCAUUAUAUUAUAUAUGACAUUUUGACAUUAAUUUUUUUUCAUUAGUGUUGUGAUUUUUAGUUUUAUAAUGUUUACAUUUUUUUGAAGCUUCAUAUAUAUUUACUAUAGGAUGUUCAUCUCUAAAUGUAUAGGGUAUUUAAAUGUACAUAAAUAUAGGUUGAAAGAAGACAUAUCUGAAUAUUUUUAUUGGUUUAUAUUUUUUUUUUAAAUGAUAGUAAAAUUCACUCAGCGUAAAUGCUUUUAACUUGUAGAUAGAAUGUUGCCUCUUGUAGUUUACCAAUUUCGUGACUGUUUUGUGAUUUUCUAAUCUUUCUUGUACUAUAAAAAGGAGGUGCUACUUUUACAUAUUUUGAUGUAGAAUUUAUAAAUCUAUACUAGAUCAUCAGUUUUUUAUUGUGCCAGAUUGUGUUGUAUUUUAGGCCCAAACUGAAUUGUGAAGGGCUGUGAAUGUUUUUUUUUUUCUUUGUGUUUCCAUACAUCCUAAAACUAGUAUCAGUUCAAAAUGCCAAGAUAGCCUUUUAUACAAUGCUAGAAACUGCUACUGACAGGUCUAGUUUGACUUUGACAGAUUUCAAAUUUGUUUUAGAGUGACAUCCCUCAAUAAUGUGGAAAAUAACUGAUUUAAGGUUUGAGAAUGCUUCAAGAGAGCAUUUUUAAUUGAAAUUUAGGCUCAAUGUUAGAAACCAUUAAAAUCAGGUGGAGUUGGUACAUUUCAGAAUAAUGGUUCUAAAGUCUAGAUAUUUCAUUGGUUUGUUGGGAUGUUGCAAGUAUUACUCUUUUCAUUGUAAAAGAUAACAUCUCAGCUAUAUGAUUUUGUAUGAUUUUGACAAAAGAAAGAAAAUAAUUUUCAAAAAAUAAUACUACGCAAGAUUUGUUAUUUAAAUGGCAAAAAGUUAAUAAGGUUUGAAACAAGUAAAUUUGUAAUUUUAAAGGCCUGGUGAUAUUUAUGCUUUGGUUGUGUUAAAAGUAAAUAUCUUGACUAUAGAUAGGAUAAUGUGUCAUAUUGUUUUAUUAUAAUGAUAGACACAGGUUUUUUUUUAAAAGAAAGUGAUUUUACUAAGUUUAUUUUUAUAGAUUUGUGUAUAUAAGGCUGCUGGACAGUCCUCUCACCAUCAGAGAACCACUUGUUAAUUAAAUAUAUAGCAAAAAAUCAAACCAUUUUCAUGGUGUCCAUAGAUAAUGUAUAAUUGUGUAUUUUUAAUGAAAUGCAAACUUUAUGGUUAUCAAUUUUAAUAUAUAUAUAUAUAUAACUAUGAUUUUUAUUUUUAUUAUUCAUGAACUUAAGUGGCAAUCUACUUCAAUGAAUUUAAUUAUUUAAAAAAAAAAGAUUGUAAAGAAAUUGAUUUAUUGCUUAAGAAAUCCAUUUUGUUAGGUAGUUUUUACCAAUUUAUUUGCAAUAAAUGUUUACUGUA